UGGAUAAAUAUUUGGAAACAAGGCUCGCAAUGAAGGAAAUUGAGGUCACUGAUACUAUGUACCGAUUUGCAACAGAUACCAUGCUGGCUAGCAUCUUCGGAACAAAAUACUGCAGCUCAAAAAAUUCUAUAACUAAACUUCGUAAUAUCACAAAGGAAAUUGUAUUUCCAAAUGAAGGGAGAAAUGAAAUCAUUCGCCACUGGUUUGCGGAAACUUUCCCAAAAAUGGCUAAAAUUCUACGAAUAAACGAAGAUGAGAAGAACAUUCCAAAGAUUUUUAUUAAAAUCAUCAAAGACGCUCUAGCUCAGAAGAAAAAGACAAAAAAUAAGGAUAUUUUGACGCUUCUAUUACAAUUACAGAACAACGAAAAAACAAAAGCUGUGAUGAAUCAAGGAAGGACUAAUUUUCAUGACGUAGUAAAUUUAUCUUUUGAGAUAUAUAUCUCUAGUCUUCAAGCUUUAACAUCUACAAUGAGUUUCGCUCUCUAUGAAUUAGCUCUCAAUCAGGAUAUUCAGGACAAAGCAAGAAAAGAAAUUCGUACGAUUCUCAAAGCCAGCAGAGAAUUUAAUUUUGAAGCUUGUAUGUCAGCUAAAUAUGUGGAUCUCAUUAUUCGUGAAACGCUAAGGAAAUAUCCACCAGUGAGUUUCUUGCAGAGGCGUCUUUUGUAUGAUUAUCCUGUUGCAGACAGUCUACAUAUGAUGAAGAAGGGACUUUGGGCUCUUAUCCCAGUAUACGCUAUACAUCGAGAUCCUAGCAUUUACCCCAAUCCUGAAGUUUUUAAUCCUGAUAGAUUUAUUGAGUCAGAAAUCAAGAAACGUCAUCAGUGUUCAUGGCUCCCAUUCGGAGUUGAAAGGAUAGGCAGUCUCGAAAAUCAAAUAACAUUGACCCAAGCUAAAUUAGGAUUAGCAAUAUUCCUUAGCAAGUACAAAAUUUCUUCGACAGCUAGAACACACAUUCCAAUUGUUUAUGAAUCUAAAGGACCAAUAUUAAUUUCUAAAGGUGGUAUGUGGUUAAAAUUAACGAAACAUUAGACGGUUCGACUCGUGCUUGGUAUGUGAUAUCUUAUCAGUCAAUACUCUUAUCGAGCGAGAAACAACAUAAUUUAAAAAGACUUUUCCUAUAGGCUUUAUUCUAAGCCAAAAAAUCAGUUGUUACGUAGAGUGACCUUGGUUUGUGAAUUUCGGAAAGAUUAUACAAACACAUGGCACGCGGGAUACCCGCACUCUUUUUCGCGUAUUACAUACAUACAUAUGUAUGUAAAUCAACUACACAUAUCAUGCCUACAUACAUACAUAAAAUAUAACAUUAAUGAAUACCAUUGAUCUAUAUAAUAAAAGGAAAAACGAAAUUCUUUUUCUACCAUUUAUAGCAUGAAGGAAGAAUAAAAAAAAAUAUUUAUUAUUUUGUCGUCAGUAUAAUAUGAUUUUGAUAUACAUACAUUGCUCUAUAAUUGAUUCAUGUAUUUAAUUUAUGCAAUAUCAUGCUCACAUUAGCGGGCGCCAUAUGAACAUAUUUGAUUGUUUUCAUUGUAUCAUUUAUAAUGCCUUAGAAUGUGUGAUGUGUGGGAGGUACAUGAAGCACAGGUUUUGAGCUUAAGUCUGGUCUUUGUUCAAAAUUUAUCUAAUAUGCGGAAGCAAAGUCACGAUAUUAAGCACAUUAUUGAAGAUUCUUGACUAUGUUUAUGUUUAAUAUCUGUAUACUAUCGAAGACUUUACUAUACACAUAAGAAAAAUUUUCCGAGACAAGUCUAUUAGUAUUAGUAUGUAUGUAAUAUGUCGUGAAAAGCAUGUACAAUCGAACACAAAUACAAAAUAUUUUUUAUGAUGCAACAUAGACAAAUGUGUUGAAUGGUGCUGCGUAUAAAAUUAGCUUUUAUAUAAAAUUUUCCUUCAGUUAUUAGGCAGACGUGACCAAAGCAAAACGUCUCAAUCGGACUCGCAAUUAACUGUGGGUGGAAGAUGGAUUGUUUCCUAAUUUUAAUAGCACUAGUGACCUUUGUGUACCUUGGGUAUUUGUGGGUUAAAAAGCAGUACAGAUUUUUCAAGGACAAUGGAAUACCCUACCAAGAACCAACAUUUCCACUUGGCAAUGCUUGGGGUCUUGGCUACAAGAGACCUCUAACAUAUUUUCUCCAAGAAGCCUACAACGCUUUCAAAGGAAAGCAUGUCAUCGGGGGAAUCUAUUUGUUCACAACACCCGCAUUUUUGGCAACCAAUUUGGAUUUUAUAAAACAAGUUUUAGUGAAAGAUUUCCAGUAUUUCCAUGAUCGAGGAAUUUUUGUGAAUGAAAAGGAUGACCCGUUGUCGGGAAAUCUUUUCGCCUUGUCUGGCCAGAGGUGGAAAACAAUACGAAAUAAACUGAGUCCCACCUUUACAUCUGGAAAGAUGAAGUUGAUGCACAGUACGAUCAUUGCUGUUGCUAAAGAAUUUCAAGGUUACUUGGAACCAAUUGCACAAGAGAAGAAAGAAGUUGAAAUUAAGGAUAUUUUAGCUCGGUUCACGACUGAUGUGAUUGGAACUUGUGCAUUUGGUAUUGAUUGCAACAGCCUUAAACAGCCCGAUACGGAAUUCCGAAGGAUCGGAAAAAUGGUUUUCGAAUUUGGCAGUUUAGAUUUCUUGAAGCAAUUUCUUGUGACUAUUUUCCAGGAUCUUUCAGUUAAAUUGGGAGUAACAGUUACAAAGCCAGAAGUGUCUGAAUUUUUCAUGAGACUCCUCAAAGAAACCACUGAGUACAGGGAGAAAAAUAACAUAAAGAGAAAUGAUUUCCUUUCAUUACUGCUUCAGAUCAAAAAUACAGGAAAAUUGGAAGGUGAUGAUACGGAUUUGGGAAAAAUGACAUUCGAGGAAUUAGCUGCUCAGACAUUCCUAUUCUUCAUUGCUGGAUUUGAAACCUCUUCAUCUACAAUGACAUUUGCUCUCUAUGAAUUGGCUCAAAAUCAAGAUAUUCAGGAUCGAGCUAGAGAAGAGAUCCAUAGGAUUCUUGAAAAAUACAAUGGAGAAUAUACUUAUGAGGCUUGUAUGGAGCUCAAAUACAUUGAUCAAGUUAUUCAGGAAACCCUGAGGAAGUAUCCAGUGACCGACACAUUAAUACGGGAAGCUGUUCAGGAUUAUAAAAUUCCAAAUUAUGAGUUUGUUAUUAAGAAAAAGUCAAAAGUUCUUAUAUCUUCAUAUGCUAUUCAUCGUGAUCCAGAGAUCUACCCUAAUCCAGAUAAAUUUGAUCCUGAUAGAUUCACAGAGGACAACAUCAAAGCACGCCAUCCUUAUGCAUGGCUUCCUUUUGGAGAAGGCCCGAGGAUUUGCGUUGGGAUGAGAUUUGGGAUGAUGCAAACUAGAGUUGGAUUGGCAAACUUCCUAUCAAAGUAUCGAGUUAGGACUUCUCCCAAAACUCCGAUUCCUAUAGUUUUGGCUCCUAAUACUGCAGUACUUACUGCUCAAGGAGGAAUGUGGCUUCAAGUGGAAAAAGUUUAAAGAAUAUAGCUCUCUAUAGCUUCCAAAAGCUCUUUAUUGAAUGUUUAUACACAUAAAAAAUUUAAAAAAUACUCUUUCAAAAUAAAAAUGAUAAUCUAGUCUAAAAGAGUAUCUAUGCAAGUUCUUAUUUUUUGAUUUUGUGCCAAAGAAUAGGUGGUAUUUCACUUCAUGUGGUUAACACCAAGGUUCACAUUGUAAAGCAUUUAUCAUAUUUUAUCGUAUAAUUUAAUGAUCACAAAUUUUAAGUCAAAAAUAAUUAUACUUUGUUUCAAUCAAGUUUUUUUUUUAAUUUUUGAAAUGUAAUCAGAAAUAUUGAAUAAAAUUUCGCUUUGAUUAAAAAUUGGGGUCACAUAAAAAAACAAGUACUCUGCGUUGAUACCACUGCUU